AUGCCCCACAAUCUCACAUUUAGGUACUGCGACUUUCUUGCGCAUCCUGGGGUGAAGUGCCCAAGAUGUUGGCGCGUCGCGAAUCACUGCUGCUGCCCAAUGGUGCCCACUGUGAAGUUUCGGCCGCACGUGAUUGUGCUCUUCCAUUACGAGGAGCUCGGGCAACAUUCUGCCAGCAACACAGCGGUGCUGUUGCAUCUUCUGGGUGCGGAUCUCUUUUGCUGCGGCCUUCCGGAACAUGAAGCGCGCUUGCAAGCGCUUCUGAGGGAAGAUGUCUCUGGCACCGCCGUGCUGUUCCCUUCGCCGGAUGCAGUGCCAGCUGCUGCGCUAGCGGAGGCUGAGGCUCCCCGAAGGAUCGUGGUUCUGGAUGGAGGCUGGGCUCAGUGCAAGAAGAUGAACCAGUGGCUUGACCCGGCCCUCCCAAGGUGUGUCGUGGAGACCGCCACUAGAGAAGAGUUCGGUGCCACCAGGCGCUAUCGCGGGCAAGCGCACCGUGUUCAAACUGCCUCGGCCUUCGCGGCCCUGUGGCGGGAGCUCGGGGAGGAUCCUCGGCAUGUGCAAGCCGUUGCGCAGGGCCUGUCGGCCUUCAUGAGCAGCUUUGAAUCCCAAAUGGGGCCUGUUGGACGUCUCACUGUGCUGGAGCAGCGCAGCGCAGCUGGUGGGGAAAGAAUGUAA